AUGGCGGCCAGCCCGGUGGUGUGGGUGAACGGGCCGAUCGUCGUGGGUGCAGGGCCGGCAGGGCUGUCGGUGGCGGCGUGCCUGCGGGAGCGAGGCGUGCCGUCGGUGGUCCUCGACCGUGCCGACUGCGUGGCGUCGCUGUGGCAAUACGGCACUUACGACCGCCUCCGCCUCCACCUCCCCAGGCACUUCUGCGAGCUGCCGGGGAUGCCUUUCCCUGACAGCUACCCGGAGUACCCUACCAAGAGACAGUUCGUUUCCUACCUCGAGGCCUACGCCGCGCACUUCGGCGUCCACCCGCGGUUCAACACGUCUGUCACGUCGGCGCGGUACGACGACGACGCCGGGCUGUGGCGGGUGCACGCCGAGAACGGGGGGGUCGUUACUGAGUACAUAGGCCGGUGGCUCGUCGUGGCCACUGGCGAGAACGCGGAGCACGUCCUGCCGGAGAUCGACGGCAUUAAGGACUUCUGCGGCCGGGUGUCGCACGUUUCAGAGUACAAGUCAGGCGCUCCGUACAGCGGCAAGCACGUGAUCGUCGUCGGCUGCGGCAACUCCGGCAUGGAAGUCUGCCUUGACCUAUGCGACCACAAUGCCCUCCCCGCCAUGGUCGCCAGGGACUCGGUCCACGUCCUGCCGCGGGAGAUUCUGGGCGUUGCGACGUUCUCGGUGGCUGUCUUCCUCCGCCGGUUCCUGCCGCUGUGGCUGGUGGACAGGACCCUAGUUCUCCUCUCGUGGCUGCUCCUCGGCAACCUCGAGAAGCUCGGGAUUAGGAGGCCGUCCAGGGGGCCACUGGAGCUCAAGAACACCAGGGGCAGGACUCCAGUGCUAGAUAUCGGCGCGCUUGCAAGGAUCCGGUCCGGCGACAUUCAGGUUGUACCGGGGAUCAGGAGGUUUUUCUGUGAUGGCGCGGAGCUCGUUGAUGGACGCCGCGUCACGGCUGACGCUGUGAUAAUGGCUACCGGCUACCACAGCAACGUCCCACAAUGGCUCAAGGGAUGUGACUUCUUCACCCAAGAAGGGUACCCAAGGGUGCCAUUCCCUGAUGGUUGGAAGGGACAGUCAGGCCUCUACUCUGUUGGAUUCACAAGGAGAGGCCUCUCUGGUGUCUCCUUAGAUGCUGUCAAGGUUGCACAAGACAUUGCCAUGGCAUGGAACAACCAAACUGCCACAACAUGCUAGGACUUAACCCUGAGCAACCAGCUAACUUCAUAUAUCUUGUAGUUUAUAUUGGUCAAUAAAACUUUGAUAAAAUAUGGCACUCACCAAGCUGGAAAAUCGCUGUACCAAGAAUUGUUCACACCCCAACUUGAGACGUGGUUCCAGGUUCUGGACAAACUGUGGCGAAGCUUCAAG